AUGACUAAUUGGGGUGGUAUGAAGAUAGGACCGAAGCAACCUCAGUCAAACAACAAGCAAGCUCCGGUGCGUUUUUCCGACACCUUGACAGCCGCGCUUGCGAAUCGCAAAAAUAAGUACAAAGAUGUUUCGAAAGACCUCAACAGCCUUAUUAGUCGCGAAGAACUGGAAGAGGAGAUCUACGUGCCCAAUUAUAGCAUCCGCAAGAUCAAAGCAAUAAUCGCCCGUGUUGUUAAGCAGCAGUUUGUCCUCCGAAACGAAGACGGUGAUCUGCUGACGUGGGUGUACAAUCCUGAUAAAAAUCUUGAAAUGAGCCAAAACAUCGCAAAGGCGGUGAAAGAUCGGUUGCGUAACCUGAAUCUGCCCCGUUAUCGUGUCGUGUGCUUCUGCUCAAUUGUGGAAAAGCAGCUGCAGGGUCUGCACUAUAAAAUGAAGUACAUUGUUGAUCCGUACAUGGACGACUACGUGCAGUACGUGUAUGAUGGGGCGAUUUUUUGGAUCAUAACAACCGCUUUUCUGAUACACAAAGAUUAA